GGGGCCGGAAGUGGCGGCGGGGCCGAAUUCGGCGGCGCCACGUCUGGCUCGGGGUCCCGUCCCUGCCCGGGGCGGCGGGAGCGGCGGCCGCGCCUUCUUCUUCUCGCCCCUCCAUCGGCGGCCGGUUCGUAGCGAGGCCUCGGCAGCGGCCGGGCGCGGAGGCGGCGGCGGCGACAUGUCGGACCUGGGGGACUGGUUCCGGAGCAUCCCGCUGAUCACCCGCUACUGGUUCGCCGGCUCCAUCGCGGUGCCGCUUAUCGGCAAGUUGGGCCUCGUCAGCCCCAUCUACCUCUUCCUCUGGCCCGACGCCUUCAUCAACCGCUUCCAGAUCUGGCGGCCAAUAACUGCAACUUUCUUCUUCCCAGUGGGACCUGGAACAGGAUUUCUCUACUUGGUGAAUUUGUAUUUCUUGUAUCAGUAUUCAUCACGGUUGGAAACAGGGGCUUUUGAUGGAAGACCAGCAGAUUACAUGUUCAUGCUCCUGUUUAACUGGAUCUGCAUUGUUAUAACUGGCUUAGCAAUGGACAUGCAGUUGCUGAUGAUUCCACUCAUCAUGUCAGUACUGUAUGUGUGGGCCCAGCUGAACAGAGACAUGAUUGUAUCAUUUUGGUUUGGAACAAGAUUUAAGGCCUGUUACCUUCCAUGGGUUAUUCUGGGAUUCAACUACAUCAUUGGUGGAUCAGUCAUCAAUGAGCUGAUAGGAAAUCUGGUCGGACACCUGUAUUUCUUCUUAAUGUUUAAAUACCCAAUGGAUUUGGGAGGAAGGAAUUUUCUGUCCACACCGCAGUUCCUGUACCGCUGGCUGCCAAAUAGGAGAGGAGGAGUGUCGGGGUUUGGUGUCCCACCUGCUAGCAUGAGAAGACCUGCAGAAGAUCAGCAGGGUGGUGGAAGGCACAACUGGGGCCAAGGUUUCCGGCUAGGUGACCAGUGAAGAACUCCUGCCCUUGGAAAACAGCAACUCUUCAGUUUUAAUUGGGCAUAGAACCAACCCUUCCUGCUGCAGAGCAUGCUUGACAGCUGAGCUCUCUGUAGUACUGGUGGAUUAACUGAUGAGAGAGAAUGUUUCUGGUUCAAGAGAAAAUUCAAAACUACAGAAGGGAAAAAUGUAGAUCUUGCUCCAGGUUAGCCAGUACUGUCCAAUUUGAUUCUGCCAUUAAAAAAAAAGCCUUCUUUGUACAGUAUUGUCUGUCUCUCCCAACGGGCAUCCAUUAUGCUGUCUUGUUCCGUGGUGUGAUGGAACAAGCUCAUGGUGUUCUGUCUCACCUGGCACAUUAAAAGCUUUGUUGACUGUGAUAAUGUAAGAAUCCAGUGUGAGGCAGAUGGAUCCAACUAACCCAAAAGUUUAGGAAGCUGACUUUUUCCAUAGCUAUGCUUAAGUCCCAGGUUAUUUUGAAACAUUAUUUAACUGAUAGCUCUCUGCUGCAUUUGUAAAGCAAAAUGCAAAUGUUUCAUUUCCAUUAUUAAGCUGUAUUUUGAGGGGAGUUUUUUCUUGCCAUGCAGCAUUUGUCCUGCCUGCUGCAGCAAAGCAUGGGCAAGACUAAGGAUAAGAGGGCUUUAGUUUGAAAUGACAAUAACAGAUAUUCACAGAAUUAAAAUCUCUGAACUCUUCAUGGCACGUUACAGGGCUUGCUCUGUUUAAACUGAAGUUGUCUGGCUUGUUUUCCUCCCUGAGAUUUGUGAAUUUGUGGCUUCAAGGUUUCUAUUUUGAUUGCACAGUUGGGUAGCACAAAUACAACUUAAGCUAGAAAAUGUAACGUAUCAUUGUGGUUCAUGUAAAGGGUAUUGACUGCAGCAUUAUGUUUGUUAACUGAACUUCAACUUUCCUUAAAAGCUUUAAGGCUUCGAAGAAUCAAAGCUGGAAAUAAACUUUUCCAGGGUCAAGAUACAAUAGAACAGAUUUGCUUCAUUACAGGGACUCUUUCAUUCUCAAAUAAGAAGUUAUGUACGCUCUUUACUGGUUUCUGUACUUUUUUGGUAAACUUUUUGACAUGGAAAAGGGAAUGAUUCUGUACUGGGUUCCCAUGGGUAGAGCACAGGGCUAAGAUCCAGGACGCUGUAAUGCCAGCUUGUUACUAACUCACUUGAGCAAACUUCUUACUUAGCUCAGUUCUCCCAGCUGUAAGGAGGACUCGUGUGUGUUUCGUAGCUGUCCCUGACUCCCCGAGGUGGGACCUGCUAGUGAGCAAGGUAAGGCUUAGGUUCACAUAAACAACAACUCUUCAGCUACAAAAGCAAUUACUGUAAGCUUAACCAAGACUUACAAGUUGUAAUAUAGUUGCUUCCUUGUUGUUUUGUAGUUGGAGGAAGAAGAACACCCUCACUAGGAUGAGAUUCAAGCCUUUGACUGAAUUUACCUUCAGCAUUUUUCUGUCUUUUUAUUUUAUGUUCUGCCCUAACUUUGGUAUCUCAGGUAUCUAUAAGUAGGUGAAGUUAAUCUGGGCCAAAACAUUUUUACUACUCCUUUGUUUCUUCACUAAAGCUGAGUUCUGAAAGUUUGAAAACAUGUAAAUACUACUUGAUAUGAAACUGAGCAGUUGGACUGGAAGUUUUCAGCUGGCUUGCUUGGAAAAAAAGCAUGCUUCAUUUCUUCACUGCAACUCAGUUUAGUCAAACCAACUUGUGGAAAAAUGUAGAAAACUGGUGAUGAUCAUAUUGUGUGCUUAGGAUUUACAGGAAUUUGGAGUUCAGAAAUAAUCUGCCAUUUUUGUCCAAUCAGUGAUAAGUUUUAAAGAUGCUCUUCUCUCUGUAUAAAAGGGUAGGUAGAAAAGAGGAUUGCAGUGUUGUAAAUACUAAUGUACUGUUGACUGACAGCUGUUAUUUGAUGCUAACUUGAAAAGUCUGAGAACCAUCAUUUUUACAGGAGUUAUGAUGCACUUGGUGUUCUUAGUCAUACUCUCCAAAGCCUCUGUCUUCAUUUUGAGACAGGACCUCACUGUCCAGUGAAGAUGCAGUAGUUUGUGACUCAGCUAAAACCCUGGCAUGCUCAAAUUGUGAAACAUCUUUGUACAGGCUGCCAGAAGGAAGGCUUGAGUGGAAGGAAGGGUGGCAAAAGUAAUUGUCCUGUCCCAGUGCACUCUGCUGGGUCUUGCUUUCUAGUGCAUCCUCCUUCUAUAAGUUAGCAGGAAAGGGUUUGCAAGAAAAACAGACUUCUGAUAAGUCUUGAUUAUCUUUUGAGCUGCCCUAAGUCAAUUUACUUUUGUUUAUGGAAAAUUCACUUAAGAAUUGUUUUUCUCUUGCUUUUCACUUGACCUGCAGCACAGUUUGUCCUCCAGCAUACACUGACAAUGGCAGUCUCUUGUUAAAUGGGUACCUCCUUUCUUAUUUUGUACAGAUAAUUUCCCUUUUUGUAAUCAGUUUUUGUUGGCAAAGUUUUAAAUUAAAGUUUUAAUCUCUG